AAGGGUCCCGUGGUGAGCGCUGCAGAGCCGUGUAGUGUGUGUGUGUUUGUGUGUGUGUGUCAGGUUUCAUUCUGAGAGAGACUCAGGCGCGCAGCAGUCAGAGAAACCCGUCAGAUGGCACGAGCGAAGCACUCGGACUCCCACUAGAGCCGGACCUCACUGAACCAAUAUCUCCAUGCACUUCAAUGAGCAGCAUGCCUCUGUUGAGGUCGUUUUGAAGAUUGAUAUUUUCACGUGAAAAACGGUUUAAUUCUUACCUGGAAGGAAAACUUUAAUCAGUUUAUUUGAACACGAACCGGUCAGCCUGAUAAAGUGGUGGUGGAUACAUAUCCAAUUGACUGUAUAAGCUACGUCUCACAGACAUGGAGGACAUGAAAUCGCUGGUAUCACCUCAGUCCAGUCAGGAGAGGACCUGCGUUCAGCAUCCCUACCAAAAGCGCAUUUUGACGAACUGGAAGGACGUGUGUGCUAUCUGCGUGUGUUUGAUCUCGUUUGGAGUUUGUGUGUUGUUUUACCUGAGGACGUCGGAUCUGCAGUCCAGGGUGCUCAGUUUGGAAAAGGACCGAGAUCCCCGUAUCUCCAGUUGGAUCUCUCUGGAACAGGUGGAGCCCGUCCUGUGGAGUCGACUGGAUCAACUAUUAGAGCAGAAACUAGCUGCACGUCUACCGAAGAUCCGGGCGGCUCGGGACGCACCUCACGGCUGCCUCUGUCCACCAGGUCCUCCUGGUCCACCUGGACGAGCAGGCUUUCCGGGAGACAAAGGAUCAAUGGGCAUUCCUGGAAGAAUGGGCUUAAAGGGAAACCUGGGGGAGAAGGGAGCGCCAGGAGAGCCAGGUCUGUCUAUCAUUGGCCCACGAGGACCUCCUGGACAGCCCGGUACUAGAGGAUUUCCAGGCUUUCCGGGCCCCAUCGGCUUGGACGGGAAACCCGGACAGAAUGGUCCAAAAGGUGAUAUGGGUCCUCGUGGUCCUAAAGGAGUACCAGGUGAACCUGGUCCAAAAGGAGAGAAGGGUGUAUGUGGUGACUACACUCACAGGGGGCUCCCAAUGAAAACGCUGGCAGCUUUGCGCUCCAGUCAGGCUCUGAUGUUGAAGAUGUUACCCAUCACCGUCCGCAACAUGCCCUCAAUAAGCCCUCUAAUCCUAAAGCGCCUCAAGCAGGGCGAGCCUGGCGCACAAGGACCACCGGGACCUCCUGGCCCCCCAGGGCCUGCGGGGACUCCUGGUCUUAAUGGUGCUAGUGGGCCCCCGGGUAAACCCGGAGAACCUGGAAAACCUGGAAAAGACCCAAGGAUGCUACCGGGGCUGAAGGGUGAACCCGGUGUACCUGGACAGAAGGGUGAUCGUGGUGAAGAAGGUCCAAGUGGACCUGAAGGCCCCAAGGGGAUUAAAGGAGACGAGGGACUAAAGGGCGAACAAGGGAUGGAUGGGCAAACAGGAGAGAAGGGUGAGCUAGGGAUGCCUGGAAUGCCUGGGAAACAAGGAGUGAAGGGAGAGCCUGGUUUCCCAGGCGUCCCUGGACGAAAGGGUCAGGCUGGUAUUUCUGGUAUCCCUGGAAAACGGGGCUACAAGGGAGAAAAAGGCGAUGCUAAUGCUGCAGGAACUGGCAUUAAAGGAGAACCAGGUACCCCAGGACAAGCUGGACCCAAGGGUGAGAAGGGUGAUCAAGGCAUAAAGGGUGAAACUGGCCUGGAAGGCCCAUCUGGACCAAGGGGACCACCAGGUCCGACCGGGGAGCCAGGAAAAACUUUAAUCAACAACAAUGAAAAUGAUAUUCGCAAUGUGCAUUCAGUGGGCGCUCCUGGUCUACCUGGGCCUCCAGGGCUUCCUGGGACCCCCGGUUUGAAGGGUGACGUUGGACUUCCAGGUCCCCCUGGUCUUGAUGGGGAAAAGGGUCCAAGAGGAAAGCCAGGAGAACAGGGACCCAUCGGCCCUCCUGGACUAGAGGGACCACGGGGAGAAGGAGGAGUCAUGGGCUUUCCUGGCCCAAAAGGAGACAAGGGAGACAUGGGCCCCUCGGGAUCACCUGGUUUAGAUGGCCCUACUGGAGAAAAGGGGGUUUCAGGGCCCCCUGGCCAUAUUGGAUUGCCAGGCCCAAUGGGUCAGAAAGGUGAAACUGGAGAGAAAGGAGAUAAAGCAGAGCUGGUCUAUGGACCUGCUGGGCCUCCAGGACCUGCAGGGCCAGUUGGGCCAAUGGGAACUCCAGGUUUGUCAGGACCAAAGGGAGAGCCAGGAAUAGGCUUGAGAGGAGAGAAGGGAUCACCUGGACAGAAAGGAGAUAAAGGAGACAGGGGCCAUCUGGGACUCCCUGGGGCUCAUGGUUUAGACGGCAGUCCUGGUCCAGUGGGUCUGAUUGGACCAGCAGGAGUGUCUGGGCCUGCAGGACCAAAAGGAGAAAUGGGGGAAAAGGGCGAUAUGGGAGUAGCAGGACCAAUUGGGCCUCAAGGCAUCCCAGGUUUAGUAGGACCACCGGGAUUAAAAGGAAAUCGGGGGGAGAGGGGCAAGAAAGGCAACAGGGGGGCCAAAGGGGAUAAGGGAGACCAAGGAGCCCCAGGAUUAGAUGCCCCGUGUCCGUUGGGCGAUGAUGGUCUGCCAGUACCAGGGUGUUGGAAUAAAUGAUGUUAAUUCCUGAAUGCCAUGUGUGAUUGUAAAUAGAAUAUUUAUUUUUGUACUUUUUUUUUGCCAUUGAUCUGCUAUAAGGAUGGAAAAUACAGCAAACCAUAAAAAUAUUGGCAGGACUUUUGUACAGAUGUUUAUUUUUAUUACUGGUAAUGUUUUUUUUAUUAUGUAAUGGACUUUAUACUGUACCUAUGCAUUAUGUCAAAAAUGUUUUGAUCAAGGAAGAAAUAUACUGUGGCAGCAUAUGCAUGAUAUUUGUGCAUUAUGUUAACUGAUACGUGCCUAUUAACUUAUUGUAUCAUGGUGUUUUAAUGUGUUGUGUCGGACCACGCUGCACUGAUUAGUGGGGCUGGAGUUACAGAUUGGCCUUGUGUGUAAGAGGAAACCCUUUGCUCUGAGAAUAACAUGGACAUGUUCACACCAAACCUAAUGAUCUUACACUGUAACUGCAUAUGUUUACUGACAAUUAAUAUGACUCAUUUCAAAGUCCAUUCUACGUGGAGUAUAAUGAUCAAGUCAGUAGUUUCAGUGCAUAAAUGAUAAACGUUUGCACUGCAUGACUUAUUUAGUGAGCAUUGCAAACUGUUUCGACUCUAUAUUCACCUGCCAAAUAUAUUAUUGCAAAAACUGAAUUAGUCAACUGAUUCAUGUUAGGGAAAAAAUGUAAUCUUCAUGCAGUGCUUUUCCUCCAUUGGCUUUAUGUAAAUAUGCCGGCAUCUUCCCCUCUCAGCAUUUUCUGCUUCUAUUCUUAUCUCUGACAAUUUAAUAAGAGAGAAAUUCAAUUUACAUACAAUUUAGUGUUUUCUUUUUUAUUUAUCUCAUAUAUUGCUGCUCACUGUCAAGCACAUCUUUGUGUUUGCUAAUAAGCAUCUACACUACUGUUCAAAACCUUGGGGUCAGUAAAAUAUAUACACUGUAUAUAUUAAAAAAAAAUGCUUCUGCUCAGCAAGGAUAAAUACAUUUUAGCAAACCUGACACUAAAAACCUAUACAUUGUUGCAAAAACAGUAUAUUUCAAAUAAAACUAUCAGCAGGAUUUCUGAAGGGUCAUGUGACCCUGAAGACUGGAGUAAUGAUGCUGAAAAUUCAGCUUUGCAUCACAGGAAUAAUUUUUUUUAAAAAUAUAUCACAACAGAAAAGAGAUGUUUUAAAUUGUAAAAGUAUUUUUACUGAUUUUUUUUUUUUUCAAAUUUAUUUUUAUUUUAAAUUCAGUGUCUUUGAGCAGACGAAAUAAAAACAUUUAAAAAAAAAUCUUACCGACCCUAAAAUUUAAAACGGUAGUGUAUGUCCCGUUUUACCUCAACUAUCAAGUACAAAUGAAGAAUAAAAGUUAAUAUUAUAAACCUGCAAUUUACAUUAUAAUAUGUUGAUUCCCAAGAAACAUCAGGGUCUUAGAAAGAAAAAGGCCCUUAGCUAAAAAUAGUUUUGUUUUCAUCCAGUGUUGAAGUCAUUGAAUUGUGUAGGAUUGCUGCUGCUUAUAUUGACAAGCUAUCUGGGUUCCAUUUUGCCUGUUAAUAUGGAGUUAAGCAUGGUUUGUAAUCAUCAGUGUCUAUAAACUCUUUAUUCGUCUGUAAUACCUCAUACUAACAUGUGCCUUAAUGCUUUUACUCUGCCAAAGUAGUUUUGAGACAUAUCAUCCAUAAUGUAAAAGAAGCUAUGCUGUCAACGUGAGGAAUAUAAGACAAUAAAUGGCUGUAAGAAAGUUCAGCCAAAACGUUU